CGUAUACUGACAUCUACUUUAGCCAAUAGGUACUAUACUAUCCCCUAGUGGCCGUCGCUGGCGAACUUGGGGUCAAUAUGAUUCCCCAGUAUUACCUACCUCUGCUCGAUGUGAUAUGUUGUUCAAACAAUGACCAAAGCCCUCUCACCAACAAAUAUCAAUGGAUCAUCGUGCUUCUUAAAAGAUCAUCAUGACGUUGGGUAUGGCAUAACCCUUUUGGAUUCAAUGGAUCACUCCAGUUUUCGCCAGGGUCAACAUAGGCAAACUAGGUAAUGGUGAGUUGUUUAGAGGAUGUUGCUUGUGGUAUUUUGUUGUUUUAUUCUAUCCGCUGCGCCGAUAGAUACAGUAACCGAAUGCUGCGUAUUUGUAUGCAAGUGCAGAUUGCAAAGGAUUGAAAGAUUCGAGGCUUACAACAAGAUUGAGUAUGCAAUCAUAUGCAUGUUGUUUGCCAAACAACUCUGUGUACAGCUGAUGCCAAAAGCCCGUUCUGAAAUCACAACAACAAAGUUUGCUUCGCCACCAAACGUAGUUUGAAGUACCAGAACUUUUUCUCCGGUCUCCAUCAUUAAAAAGAAGAAGUAGCCCAAAAGCUCAAGCUAGCGUAACGCGUACCUUCAGCAUGGUUGAAUGUAGCAAACUAUCAGUGAAUAGCAUUUAAUAUAACGGAUCUUUUUUCCUUUUUUUCCCUUUUCCGCAUGAUUUCAUUUUGUGCAAGGGAUCAUCAUGUGCGAAACUCACACUUUGGUGGCUGAUGUUGCACGAUGAUUCUCCAAACUCGCU